AUGGGUGUGGGAAGGGACAGGAUCGGCGAAUUACCAGAGCCCUUAAUCCAUCACAUUCUCUCGUUUCUUCCGAUCAAAUCUAUUGCAUCCACCACUAUUUUGUCAAAAAAAUGGAACAAUCUCUGGUUAUCUCUACCCGUUCUUGAUUUUACUCAAUGGCGAUCUCCUCCUGCUGCUGCUGCAUACGAGGAAGAAUCCGAUUCGGAUUCAGACGGUUCGGAGUUGCAUGAUUCCCAAGACUAUCGAUACUAUCGAGUGUUCAAAGAUUCACCUCCAGUUGAUUUAUCAGAGACUAAUAGGUUCAUGGAUUCUCUGGAUAAGGAUAAGAGAUUGGCAAUGCAGCUUUUUUCUAAUUGCCCUGUACUUGAAGAUUUGGAUAUGAGUAAUGUUAGCUGGAAAGGUUUAGAUGUCAUAUGUUUUGCAUUGCCUCGCCUUAAGUUUUUUACCAUGGGAGGUUUUGGAAGAGAAGAUCUAGACAAUGUUAAGGUUAAGUUUGAUACACACAAUUUAUUAUCCUUUACGUGGUGUGAAUAUCUUCCGAAGGAAUUCAUUGUUGUUGAUAGCUUUCCGUGUUUAGUUGAAGCUGGUAUUCGGUAUAGCUUUGCCGAUGGUUAUUCUGAAAGCAGAUAUGAUUAUUUGUAUAACCUUGUUGAGAAGGUGUCUCAUGUCAAGCACCUAAUGGUAUCGCAUACGUACUUUCGUCCCAAGUUCUUGACGACUCAAGUGUUAUCCCUAAAAGCUCCCACAGCUUCCGUAAUUUUGGUUAGUUUUGAAGUGGAUGUUAUUUCCGGAAAAUUAGGCUAA